GUGACACCUCCCGCCGUUGGAACUACAACAAGGAAGUGGACAUACACUGAUUGCCUGCCGACAGGACGGAGACUCAAGACAAGGCUAAACGACACUCCGCGAACCGGACGUCGCUUCGAUCAGUUGUCGGUUACCGGCGAGGAGGCGACAGUGGCUUGGACGACUGUGCGGGGCGGGUAUCACUGGUGGUCACUGGUCACCGUGGACCAGCGUCUCAUCGUCCCAGGGGCUUCUAGCCAGCCAGCUCGCUAGCUAACUAGCUUGCCAUGAACACGGACGUGGAAUUCCACAUCAGGCAGAAUUAUCCGUGGAAUAAGCUGCCGGCUAAUGUCAAACAGAGCUUAGGCAACUCUCAGCGUGAGUACGAGAAACAUGUCUUGCUGUACAGCAUCCGCAACCAGCUGCGAUUCCGCAAUAACUUAGUCCGCCACGUGCGCAAGGACGAGCGCAAGUACUAUGAGGAGCUGCUCAAGUACAGCCGCGAGCACCUGAUGCUGUACCCUUACCACCUGUCGGACAUUGUUGUCAAGGGGCUGCGCGUCACUCCCUUCUCCUACUACGUGGGAAUCAUGGAGGAUAUCAUGAACAGCGAGAAGAGCUACGACUCCUUGCCCAACUUCACCGCCGCUGACUGUCUGAGGCUGCUUGGAAUCGGAAGAAACCAGUACAUCGACCUGAUGAACCAGUGCCGCUCGUCCAAAAAAUUCUUCCGACGGAAAUCGGCGCGGGAUCUUCUCCCAUCCAAACCGGUGGAGAUCUCCGUGGAGCCGUGGUGGGUGGCGCAGACGGGCUACAUCACCGAGGACGAUAUAAGGAUCUGCUCCACAGCGGAGAAGAAAGCCAUUGAUAAGAUGAUCGAUUCGGGGCCUCAGCUGGCUGGAUCGAUGGAGUACAACGUGGUGCUAAGUUUGUACAAUCGGGGCUUUAUUUACUUGGACGUUCCCAUAUCGGACGACAGCUGCAUCUCAGUGCCCCCGUUGGAGGGCUUUGUCAUGAACCGCGUCCAGGGUGACUACUUUGAAACGCUGCUGUACAAAAUCUUUGUGUCGAUCGACGAGCAGACCAACGUAGCGGAGCUGGCAACCGUUUUGGAGAUCGACUUGGACCUUGUGAAGAACGCCGUGUCCAUGUACUGCCGUUUGGGCUUCGCUUUGAAGAAAGGUCAGGUGAUCAGCUCCGAGCAGCUGCACACUACCUGGAAGAACGCGCCCUCCCUCAAUAGGCUCAAAAGCACUAUGGACCCUCAGAAGAUGCUGCUGUCCUGGGAGCAAGGCAGCCCCAUCAUGGAGGGAGGAUCCUCGGCCACGGACACGGACACCACCAGUUUGGAGGACCAAGCAGACACGGGCAGCGUGAGCAGCCUGAGCAUCCCCGCGGCGCCCACCAAGCGGAUCGCCUUCCUGUUCGACUCCACCCUCACCGCCUUCCUCAUGAUGGGCAACCUGUCGCCCAACCUCAAGAGUCACGCCGUCACCAUGUUUGAAGUGGGCAAGCUUUCCGACGAGACGCUGGACAGCUUCCUGGCCGAGCUGGAGAAGGUGGAAAGCACAGCAGAGGGCGAGGCGCAGCGCUACUUUGACCACGCCCUCACCCUAAAGAACACCAUCCUCUUUCUGCGCUAUAACAAGGAACUCACUCAGGACCAGGGACCUGAUAUCCCAAAUAUAGGUUUCCCCCUGGACAUGCUGCGCUGCGAGAGCCUCCUGGGUUUGGACCAGGCCACCUGCAGCCGCGUGCUCAACAAGAACUACAAGCUGCUGGUCUCCAUGGCGCCGCUGAGCAACGAGAUCAGACCCAUCAGCAGCUGCACGCCUCAGCACAUCGGGCCCGCCAUCCCUGAAGUAAGCUCCAUCUGGUUCAAGCUCUACCUGUACCAUGUGACAGGGCAGGGCCCGCCCUCGCUGCUGCUCUCCAAAGGUUCCAGGCUGCGUAAGCUGCCCGACAUCUUCCAGGUCUAUGACAGGUUGCUGAUCACGUCCUGGGGCCACGAUCCUGGCGUGGUGCCCACGUCCAACGUGCUGGCCAUGCUCAACGACGCUCUCACGCACUCGGCCGUUCUUAUCCAGGGUCACGGCAUGCACGGCCACGGCGAAACUGUACACAUCCCGUUCCCCUUUGAUGAGGAGGACCUCAAGGGAGAGUUCUCCUACGCCAACAUGUGCGUUCACAAGGCGCUACGCAAACUGCGCGAGCACGUGGACCUGGAGCACCAGUGUGGCUACAUCACUAUGCUCAACGCCAACAACAGACACCGGCGCCGGCCCAGCGACACCAUCGAGUGCAGAGGAGACACUCACCUCGGAGGAGGCUUGGACACCAAUGGCAGCACCGAGUCCUUCGAAUUGGUGUCGGAAGAGAACAACGGAGACGGACGAGCCAAGACAGACACCCUCUCGUGCGAGGACGAGUGGGUUCCCCUGGAGCUGUGCUUCGGCAUGCCGCUCUUCAGCUCCGAGCUCAACCGCAAGGUGUGCCGCAAGAUCGCCGCCCACAAGCUAUGCGGCAGCGACAGCUUGCAAGAGCUGCUUCAUUCCAGCCGGAAGCUGUCCCUUAAGGUGCUGAGCUUCGUCCAGUCGUUUCAGGAUUGCGGUCCACCCUGCGAGCCGGACAGCGGGGUGACCAAUCCUCUCAGUCAGCCCCCGGCCGAAUCGGGCGUCCCUCUACCGGCCAUCAACCUCCUCUACAAGGACGGGCAGCUGCGGGAGUGGAGUGGGCGGGCCCCUCCUCUGGACAUCACAUCCCUGCAGCGCGACCAGUCCACGUAGAACCCCCCCCUCUCCAUCCACCCUUAAUUUUGCAUCCCGGCCCGGCAUUCAACAAGGGCCUUUUAGCUUCAGGAUCCCCACCAAAAACACGAGCGCUAGCACACCACCGGGCAAGAUAAGGCCAAAAAAAAAACAUAGUGUGUUUCAGGUAACAUGAAAUGUAAGCACAGGGUCGGUCGGUAGGACAAAAGUUUUUUUUUUUUUAAUCUUUUUUUUUUUUCAUCAAGAAUUUAAACAAAAUAACCAUAAAACAUUCUGUUUCAGAACUCAAAACCUGUCUAGUUACACGUAGACCCACCUGUCUUGGAGUUGUCUUCUGAAAUUCUUUGUUUUUCUCCUUUUCUGAACGCUCUGCUUUCAUCAUGACAUCGAAUACGUCUACACUUUGUUUUUGCCAUUGUUUCUUGUUUUUUUUUUCUAUACAUCUAAAUCGAAUCGAUCUUAGGUCAGGUAAAGUAUUUAAAACUUGAAACACUGACAUAUCCAUAUCAUAGAAUUCACCGUUGGCACAUUGACACUGUGCUAUUUUCACAUGGUUUAUAUUCGGCCCGUGGUGUUCAUCAAAUAGUUUGCUGAAUUUUUCGAGACAUCAAUGGAUGCUAUUUUCUUACCGAGCGUUGCGAGCGUGCGAUCAACACAGAAAACUCGGUUUAAACAUGCCGCCGCCAUGAUUCAAUGUUGUUGACAGACGACGGGGCAAACGAGAAUACUGUAUCGCGAGAGUUUGCACCGAUGUAAACCCUCUACACAAAAAUGUAGAGGGUUGUUUGGGGAAAAAAAAAACUACAACUUGACGGUCGGCAUUUUCGACGUAGAAAUUCUCGGUCGGUCGCGUUACCGGAAACACACUAUAUAUUUUUUUCUCCACCUAACACAUUUAGCUUGCCCUCCAACCCUUACCGCAGUUGAUGUUUAGUAGAACCCCCCCCUGUCCCCCGUCCCCCUUUUCAUGUGGUAUCAGUGUUCCAAAAGUCACCCCCAGCCCCAAGACCGACUGUAGUAUCAUGUUUAGUGAUGCGAUGCAUGAAAAUCCUUUCCUUUGAAGGGAGGUGUUAAUUGUUUGCACUGUGCAGUACUUACUGUGGAUCAAAAGUGGCUUCUUUUAUUUUCUUUCCUUUCAGUUUGAGAGCACCAAAGACUUUUUUUCUAAUUAUAAGACUUGUUUUGGUGUGUUUUUACAUUUUUGAUCCUUUUUUUCCCCCCAUUUUUAUUUUUACUUUAUUUCUUUGCGCCUUAUCACAAAGUCACAUUCCAACUUCCAUGGGUGAAACUGAUAUAAAUAGGGCAGUAGCAGAAAACCCUGACAGUUGCUAUCCAGUCUUGCCGAAUGCUGGCGCCUCCUCUGCAUCAGGUCCAGCUCAGAUAGCUGCCAGCUAGCAUUUCGUCUUGAUUGGGUCCGACUCUGAUAACUUCCUGCUGGGACCAUUUUGCCAUCAGGUUCAGUUCUGGUAUCUGAUUGCGCCUCUUGUAGUCCGGGGUCCAGCUCUGGUAGCCAACUGCUAGCAUCUCUUCCAGAUGGGAUCCAACUCUGGUAUAGCUAAAUGCUAGCACAAUUUCUGCACCAGCAAGAUCCUUGUUUAGAUUGGAUCCAGCUCCUCUUGCAUCUUUUCUGGACUGGGUCCAGCUCUGGUAGCUGCCGCUUAUAUUUUUUCUAGACGGUGUCUACUUUUAGUUGCCACCUGCUAGCAUCUCUUCUAUAUCAGGAAAGCACUUGCUAGCAUCUCUUCUAGAUGUGAAUCCAGUUCUGGUGGUUGACUCCUUGCGGCUUUUCUUGGUUGAGUCCAGCGCUGGCAGCCGUCUGCUAACACCCCGACUGGUCCGGGUCCUGCUCUGUGUCGCUGCCUACCAGUGUCUCAUCUUGAUAAGAUGGCUAGAUGGGUCCAGCGCUGGCAGCCGUCUGCUAGCACAUCUUCUCAAUCAUAUCCGGCGAGAGUAACCUCUCUUUUGCAUCCCAUUUGGAUCAGGUAGCUGCCUCAAUCAAGUCAAGCUGUGAUUGUGUAGAUGCCUGCUUGAGCUUCUUGAUUAGGUCCGGCUGUGAAAGUUGCCUUGUAGCAUCUCUUCAAGGUGGAAUUCAGCUGUUGUAGACCCCUGCUAGCGCAGCAUCUGGAUUGGUUAACCGUCUCCUGUUUCCCAUCUGAAUGGGUUUUCACCGCUGGGUGAGUUUAGACCACAUGUGUCUGAAAAGAUGGCAUUGUUUACUUUUGUUAGCAUUCGCAUAAUUUCUGUUGUGUUUCCGAAGAUUUCGACCUGUAUGUUUAGGUUUUUAUCAAUAAGCAAUGGGG